CGUCAUAGCGAGUUAUGUCAACAGUUAGCUGUCGAUAAAUAAGGACUGAAUGAUUUGCCAAAUCUCUAUCAAAACGUGUUGGCCACAAAGAAAACAGGUUCAGUGUGGAGAAGAUUAGCGGGCUUACAUUUUUUGUGUAUCAACAGUGAAAGUUAACUGAUAAUUCUGUAAUGGCUUCUGUGACUCAACAUGCUUCUACAUUUGGAUAGUUGACCAGACUCAAUACAUUGUAAUUUUGUGCGUCUUAUUUUUAACAAAGGCUGAAUAUUUUCUGUGUUGAAAAAAACAACAACUAGGUAACAAGUGUGUUUUUUUUUUACCUUUAGACUUGUGAAAUUGGACAAUAAAACAUUAAAUAAAUAAACAAAUUUCGAUCGUGUCAAGUGAUAGAGGAUCAGUGCUAACGAUGCUACUUCUCUGGAUGUUUGUUAUUGUGUGUGUUGAGCCACUGUUUCACAAGGACGGGGUGAGCAUGUUUGUGGCGGCCCAGUGCCCCACUAUACCGGAGUGUACAAAGUGUGAAGAGAACGGUCAAGCUGUGUGUGGCAGUGUGUGUCCAGCUGACAUCCCACUACCCGCCAGCACGACCUAUCUUAGAGUGGACAACGGCACUUGCACUGAUUGGGCAAAAAUGGGACUAAUUAGAGCUGCUUAUUUCCCGUCAAACACCAAUUUACAAGUGCUCAACUUAUCAAAUUCUCACGUGGACAGAUUUUUCGGUACACCAUUUACAUCAACGCCAAAUCUUAAGAGUCUAUUACUGUCAAACAACCACAUACGUGGAGUAGCCUCAGCUUACUUUACAUCGCUAACGCAACUAGAGGUGAUAGAUGUAAGUUUUAACACAAUUGGUGCUAUGUUAGCCUCAGCAUUCUCUAGUGUACCAACACUUAAACACCUGAACCUGGCCAACAAUGCACUGGCUAAACUAAUUACUGGGACAUUCAAUGGUCUGGCUAAUCUCAUAGAUCUCAAUCUGUCCAAUAACAGCAUAGCAACAAUAGACGCCGACGUCUUCCACCCUCUUGCUAAAGUACAAACCAUCAACAUCAACAACAACCAACUCACUGAUGUCCCCGCUACAAUGUUUGCUAACUUACUGAAUCUAAGGCUGCUAGAAAUUUCUGGAAACAAAAUAGCCACGCUAGCAGACGACUGUCUGUCAGGCACAUUUCUAGAUAAAUUAGACUUGUCCAAUAACCAACUGACCAACAUACCAACCAAGGCCAUCCAACAAGCCAGCAACCAACCCAAGACACUGGACCUCAGCAACAAUAAAAUAACACAAGUCAGCCACCAAGAUGUGACAAGUCUUACAGUAGAUACUUUAGAUCUCAGUGGGAACCCGUUAGCUCAAAUUGUGGACGGUACUUUUGAUGGCUGUACUAUCAAACAUAUUGACCUCAGUAACACAGGGCUGACGUCACUUCCUGCUUCCAUGGAAUCUUGGCUGACCAGUGGUCCAACCAGUCUCAACCUGGACAACCCCAACUGGUCAUGUGACUGUGACAUGCUGUGGUUGGGUCGACUGUUGCUCACUAAGACCUUCUCUCCCCCAUCGUGUGGAGCAGCCACCAAGUACAGUGGUACAACCCUCACCGCUGCCAUGCCACAGAUGGAGAUUGACUGCACGACAACCACCACGACAACUACCACUACUACUACAACAACUACAACAACCACGCCAACUACAACCACGACUACUCCGACCACUACAACUACACCAACGACUACGACAACGACCACCCCGACAACAACACCUACUACUACGACUACGACUACCACACCAACAACCACGACGACCCCCUCUACCACCACAACCCCAACGACCACAACAACUCCGACGACCACAACUCCAACACCAACAACCACUACGCCUACCCCAACCACUACCACACCAUCCACCACAACCAGGCCAACAACAACCACCACAUCAACCACCGCCCAACCCAUCGCCCCUCAACCCCAAACCCCCAGAUCCAACCCUAAUCCCCCCGCUCCCCCUGCCAGCACCACCAACAAAGACAUUGCGGACAUGAUGCCGAUAGUUCUAGCCGUGAUGGUCACUGUGGCGUUGGGCCUGGCCACUGCCGGCCUCAUAGCGUCCUGCUACUUAUGCAAAAAGACCAACAAAGUCCAGUCCCAACAGUACCCGCCCAUGCCGCCAAUGAAACUAGCUUGGCAGCCGGCCUAACUCUGUUGGUACCCGCAUUGAUGGGACCGUUCCCUGAGGUACAGUUCCAUUAGAGCAAUUACAAUGAUAAGGCUACAACUACAACAUCCCACCAGGACUACUUAAUUGAUUACAAAUAAAGCACCAAGAACAAAAUUUUGAAAAGUCAGUUUUGCCCGACAAGAAAAAUUACUAAGUUAAUGGACACAAGCGAGAAAAGUCUCAAAGGUAUUUGAGAGGUGCAUAAAUUAAUUUAAAAAUCUUGCACGGCGUAGUUACAAUUAAUAUGGUUAUAAAAUCUGGUUUGGUCUGGUUUUUUUCGGACUUUACUAAAGAUUGGACGUAUUUGAUGUUUUUAAUAUUUUCGGUAACUAAAUAAAAAUUAAAAAAAAAAGCAAAAACAAUUUGGUUUUCACGUGUAAUGGCGACAUAAACAAUGGCGUCCUGCUAUUGGAUAGGCCGACAUAAAUUGUAUUGUACACAUUGUAAGCUAAAAAUAGAAAACUAGGUCAUGGGGUUUUAAAUUUGCAUUGUUAUUUAAAAACUUGAUCUGCAAAGUUUUGUAAACAAAUAGUUAUCGAUCACUAAGUUACUGUACAGCCAAUCAAUAUUUGUCUUACGAAAGUGAAACAUCCGGUUAUAACUUAGGCUUGAUGAAAAUAAAUAGAAAUGUAGCCUUAAACUCAACAAAUUAUUUUCAAGUUCUCUGGAUUUGCAACUUUUAUAGCAUUUAUUCUAAAAAUAUAAAAUUUCUAAAUUAAUUUUAGGCUUAAGUUUUUAUUUUUAAUUUUUUUUUACGGUCUAAAUCUAAAAAGCACGUUUUUAUUCCAUGUCAACAACACUAUGGAAGGAAUCUCGUCAACUCGCUUGUCUCCAUUAAAUACUUUAUUUUCUCGUACCAAAUGUUUAUUAGUUUUGAUGAAUGAAAAGAUAGCAAAUAAUAUUAAUAAAAUAUCACUUAAAUGCAUAGGUUUAAUAAUAAACUAAGAAUGACUAUUUUAAGCCAAGACAGACAUGAAAUAGUUAAUGAACGAAUACAUCUCCACGGUUGACUGUUACCUGUUUAUACAGUAUUACCUUGUGUGUUUUUUUUACAAUGACCUACAACUUUUGCAGCCUGUGAUAAUACGUUAAUCCACUCACCCAAUAAUUUUAUUUUACUUCUAUGUCCAACACUUUUAGUUAAUGAUUUUGAAUGUGUCUUAUAAUGUAUUUUAUGUUCAAUUAUUUAGCAAUAUUUUUUUUUGAACUAUUGGAAAUUAGCAUUGUUAAAAUAACCAAAAGUAUGAAUUUUUAAAUAUAUGUUGAAAUUAGUUAAAAUUACAUAGAUAUUUUUCCUAAGGACUAUUCCGGAACUAA